AUAUAAUUGCGUCUUCUCCGAUAUGAUCACUAUAUAUUCUCUCCAUUUCUGAUACGACGACUAAUAUAUAUAAUGUCUUCAAAGCACAAAAAGAUUGGGAAAUUCAAGAAAAUAUUCACAAUAAUGAGCCACAAUGCAGACUGUGGCUGCGCAAAUCCAAACCCAAAUCAAGUCUCAGUGCCAAAACCGAUUUCCGCAGCCCAAAAACCCUCCCCGCCGCCGAUCCGCCGCCCUUCUUCUUCAACCUGCCAAUCCAAUUACGUUGAUGAUGAGGAAGACUACAGUUCCUCCACCGUCGGCUCCACCUCGUCGCAUUUCUCCCGGAGCCCCAACGACGACGAAGACGGCAAGAUCGGACCACACUUCCGCGGCUCAGUAGCCGUCGUGAAGGAAUCCGACGAUCCGUAUCUGGAUUUCAGGCAAUCGAUGAUUCAGAUGAUGGCGGCGAGGGAUUUGUGGUCGGAGGAGGGUCUAGAAGAGCUCCUCAAGUGCUUCCUGCGGUUGAAUUCGCCGUUGCAUCACCAGAUCAUAAUUCAAGCCUUCACGGAGAUCAGGCACGGCGGCGCCGGUAUUUCUAACCGGCAAAGAUAAUCGAAAUCGAAGAAGUGCAGAUUUAGCUACACGUAAUAUUCACCUUAAUUUUGUGCAUGUGUUAUGGUCACUAGGCCAUUUGUAGCCAUUUAAUUAUCCAGUGGCAAGCACGUGAAGAUGGACCGCUGGAGUUGCUCUGCUAUAUUUGUACCGGUACAAUGUAUCUGUACUAUAUAUUACGUAUGGAAAUAAUACAAUUAGUUAUUAGUUAUAUAGUUAUAUUAUAAGUGAUGAUCAUAAUCCAUAUUAAUCAAUACAAUAUCAAUCAA